AUGCAGAGAUUGAAACGGCUGCUGCAGAGGAAAGGUCCUCGGAAGGAGGAACAGAGGCCUAUUCAGAUGCCUCUUGCAACACCCGCUGUCUCCGCUAGCCCAAGGGCUCCCUCUCUUUCCAACCUUGAACGGCUUCCCUUUGAGAUCCGGAACGGUUUUCUACUUGCUAUAGACUCCAUAUCAGACCUUUCUGCCUUGGUUCAUGCAUCUCCUACCUUUCAUGAACAGUAUCGACUUGACCGAGCGUUUUGGCUGUGGCAUUGCUUACAACUUGAAAUGGGCCAUAUUUAUGUUGAUGCCUAUAUCGCCAAUCAAUGCAACAGUCCUGAAUUUCGCUUGAAACGGAAUCGGGAAAGGAUUUUGUUAUUCAUUGAGGAUUACAAAUCGCAUCGCUCAUUGAUGACAGAUGUACUUACUAAACGCCCCGAUGAGGAUGAGAUCCUCAGCAUCGCCGCUUUCCAUUCUUCCGUUAUUCGCCCACUGAUAAAUCACUACGUCUCCUGGACUCAUGCAAAUAUGGAAUCUCUCUCCUCGCCGAAAGAAAUCAGCAGAACAGAGGAGAGGCGCAUCAUGCGUGGCUUAUACCGCUUCCAAAUAUUCAGUAACCUCUUUGGGCCCGCCCGAGACGUGGGCUUCCGUUAUGGAGAUAGUUUGCUUGAAGAGGAAGAAAGGCUUGGCCUAUUUCUGGAUAACUUUGAAGCAUGGGAGGUUGAAGAAAUGUUGUGCAUCAACGCCUUUAUGCACGCCAAGUAUGACAGUGUGUUUGAGGAGGUCCAAUGGGACUUGCACCCAGACAACCCGUCAUUCGAUAUCGUAAGGACUGGUCCACAUACGCCACCCGGUGCAUAUCACCUUGUCAGUGAUAUGUCCUCAGAGUGGUAUAGGAAUGGCAUGGUCUCUAGGGGACUUUCCGUUCUGUCUUCUGUAUUCAAGUCAAAAGACCACCUGAAACUAGUUGAAGUGGUCUCGGAGGAGAUUGUGGCGGUCGUCAGCGACCUGCUUUUCCGGAGCACUAUACCUUUCCUCCAAGAACAAAGACGCGAGAACCAGCACUCUGAAAAAGACCAAGCUCAGGAUGACCGAGCGAAGAUGAGCUUCAAUGGCGACUGUUAUGAGUCGCCUCCAUUGGCGUGGGUUGUUUUCUGGAAAGAGGCAUAUAGCAACCUUUUCGGCGAUUUUGUAUCACGGCCCUUGCGCCAGUGGGGGUAUGUUAUGUGGGACAGCGAUCGUUUAGCCAACACUGAUGCUGUUGCUAUACUUGAACAGGAAUGGAAAGCCAUUAAUACGAGGCCCAAUUACGAAGGAGAGCCGGAAGACCCGAGGGAUGAGAUGUUGGCUUAUCACUGA